AUGCGUCGGGUGAAAAGUUUUGUUGUAAUUAUUUUUUUUCUAUCAGUGUUUUUAAUUUUUUACGCCAGUAGGCCGGUUGUGAAAAAUGAAUCAACUGAAGUUAAUUAUUACACGCAACUUCAAAGAAUUGUCACCCCGUCACUGGCCGAGCUCGGAUUCCGAGGCGUAUCAAAGCCCAAUGAUGACAUAAUAAUGUUAACAAGAAUUCCAAAUGCGGGUGCUGAAAUUCUGGUUUAUAUUCUCCAACAUUUGUCCGGAUACAAUGCCUUUAAGCAUAUUAGAAUUCCAGCGAACAAACACCGAGUUCUUUCUUCUUUGCAUCAGGAGCUGAUGGUUGAAGAAAUUACAAGUAUUAUUAAACAAGAAGCUGUUCCAUUGAGUUUUGAUGGAGAUAUUAAAUUUUUAAAUUUUAAAAAAUUUGAUCGACAAGCUCCGACAUUUAUUUCACUUGUUAGAGAUCCAAGGGAUAUUUUAUUAAAACAUUUUUUAGACAUGAAAAUAAAUCAGAAGAAAAUUACCAAAGUGGAAUAUCAUAUUUUUGCGGUCAAGAUUCACGUUGUCUGUAAUGUUAUAAAUAAAUGGGCAUUAGAACAAGCAAAAAAAAAUGUGCUGCUGUGGUACCCCGUCGUAGGAAUAUUAGAACUGAUGGAAGAAACAUUAAAAGUAUUAACAAACCAAUUUGGCUAUUUCUUCAAUGGCGCUAUUGAUAUUUACAUUAAAAAAUUUCGUUUCAGAAAUACGGUUAAAAAAAAAAGAAAAAUAAAUGACAAAGUUAAAAUAGAAGUUGAAUUUUAUUUAUGGCUAAAGUCACGAUUACUCAGCCAGACUUAUAAAUAUUUGUAA